UCGGAUGAUAAAUGUCAGGGAGCAAAGUAUGUGCGCACCGGGUCAAUAUUCAUUUCGACAAGACGACAACUAAAGUGGUUGCUGACACGGGCAUUGUGCUGUAAUGUUAAAAUAUUGUAUAGUUGUUACAUUGAUGUGAUAGUAUUUAAUACUAUCAGAUUUGUGGUUUUUGGUUAUUUGUUAUAGAUUCUAAAUAAUAACAAAUCGGCGUUGUGUGUUAAUGUAAACAUCGCCCGGUGUAUUUUAUCCUGCAAAAAAGCAAACAAAGAAUGGCAACGAUUAAAGAGCGGAUUUUGGAAUUAUAUGAAUGGAGUGUGAAAGUGUCAGAUCCUAGAACAGACAAAUGGCUGCUGCUGGACAACCCGCUGCCGAUUGUUGGGAUAUUCUUCAUGUAUUUGUUUGUGGUGUGGUACGGACCUCGCUUCAUGAAGCACCGGGACCCCGUGCCCCUUCGUCUGGUCAUCAUCCCCUACAAUCUGGCCCUUGUGGGCCUGUGUGCCUAUAUGUGCCAUGAGUUUUUCAUUUCUGCCUACCAAUCCGGUUACAGUCUGAAAUGUCAACCUGUGGAUUACUCCAACAGCCCUCUUGCAUUAAGGAUGGCCAGCGUGUGCUGGUGGUUCUUCUUUUCCAAGGUCAUCGAGCUUCUUGACACGGUGUUUUUCAUCCUGCGCAAGAAGUCUGACCAGGUCACGUUUCUACACGUGUACCACCACUGCUCAAUGAUCAUCAACUGGUACAUGGGGGCCAAGUAUGUCGCGGGCGGACAGUCGUUUUUCGUUGCUCUGUUGAACUCGUUUGUGCACGUGUUCAUGUACACUUACUACGGACUGGCUGCCAUCGGCCCACACAUGCAGAAAUACCUCUGGUGGAAACGCUAUCUCACCAAAAUGCAACUGACACAAUUUGUAUUGUUUCUCAUUCACACGGGUUACAAUCUACUAAUAGACUGCGACUUCCCUCGCGGGUUCAUGAUUGCGGUGUUCCUAUACGCUCUGUCGCUCAUUGCCUUGUUUGGUAACUUCUAUUACCAAACCUACAGCAGCAAGAAGGAAAAGAAGAAGCGAAGUUAAUGAAUCAUUUGUUGUUAGAUGUAAAUGAUGUUUGGACAAGACCAAAAAUAAGUUGUUCGUUCCCACCCACAUCACCUCAAAAUUAGAUAUUUUUAUUAUAUGCCUAUCUUUUCCCACUUAAAUUCGGAAGUUAAAUGACAGAUUUCUUCCAAAUAUAUUUGUGCCUUAUUUUACUUUUACUUUGUUAACAUUGAUUUUGUGAAUAUGAUUGAAUGUACGUGUAGCAAAAACUAAACCUAUAAUAGCAAACAAGUGUGAAGGGUCAGUUACAAAAAUUAGGGUCGGUUGGGUUAAUGAAAGCAGACAUCUGUUUUAGGCCUUAUUAAAUAGGUUUUAUGACUGGAACGAAUGUUAAUUGAUAUUGGUAACUUAAGUGGUGUUGUGAAUGUGUUGCCUUAGCUAGACAAAGUUAGUUAAAAAAUAAAUCAUUCGAUAUGGU